UUUGUACUGCCGCCGAUGCUGGUGCCGAACUCCGAAGAUCUGGAAACGGUGGGCAAGGAUCUGCAGAUGAUGUUUUACAUGGUGGCCGGGCUCACCAGCAUCCUGCUCGUCCUAAUGGUGCUAUUCUUCCAGGACAGACCACCUACCCCGCCGUCGGCGGCCCAGCAGGCCUCCCAGCGGCUGGAGGGUAUCGAAGCCGAGCAGGUCAGCUUUAUGCAGUCGCUGAAGAAUCUGAUUACCAAUCGGAACUUCAUCUUACUGCUGCUCUCCUACGGCAUCAAUGUGGGCGUCUUCUACGCCAUCUCCACGCUGCUCAAUCCGGUGGUGCUCAAGUACUAUCCCAACCACGAGGUGGAUGCUGGCCGCAUUGGCCUAAGCAUUGUUGUGGCUGGCAUGCUGGGCUCCGUGAUAUCUGGCAUUGUGCUGGACAAGACGCACAAGUUCAAGGAGACGACGUUGGCGGUAUAUGCACUCUCCAUGGUGGGCAUGUGGAUAUUCACCUUCACCCUGGACACAGGACACAUUGCGGUGGUGUACCUAACAGCGUCGCUGCUGGGCUUUUUCAUGACCGGGUACUUGCCGGUGGGCUUUGAGUUUGGCGCCGAACUAACGUUCCCCGAGCCGGAGGGCACCUCAUCCGGUCUGCUGAAUGCCUCGGCCCAGACCUUUGGAAUCUGCUUCACACUCUUCUACUCGGAGCUCUUCACAGCUUUCGGGGACAAUGCCGCCAAUACUACCAUGGCUACCAUGAUGCUGAUUGUCGGCACGAUUAUCACGGCCGCCACCCGGUCCGAUCUGCGGCGGCAGAACGCCCAAGCUGGAAGUGCGGCUGGCAAUCCCUUAACACAUUACACCACUCUCCCCGGGAAACACUAGCCACUCCCACUAUCCUCCACAACAUCCACCCCAACUCAGAGACAGGAGCUGUCGACUCUUUUUAUGUAUAUUACGAGUUGUCUACGCAUAUCAAUUGUUUAACAUUUUAAUUUAUUUUAUUGUUUACUGUACACUUCUAUUGUAGCCCUAAGUGUUGAAUUUUAAAAUGUUCAUUAAAAGUGCACGCACAACACGUAUGUGCACAAAAGUCCUGCAUAUACACAA